UCAGUCGACAAAUUGGGAUCAACGGACAUAUGCGAGGAUGCUAUCCGAGCGAACAAAGGCGCAGUCCGUUGCUGCCAAUUUUAAGUCAGAGUGCGUAAAGCUUGAACUGAUAAUGGAAAAAGCUGGACAAGACUUAUCUGAGCUCGAAAAGAAAGCCCUUGCUAUUGCUGAAACAAAGAAGAAGGAAGAAGCAGAAAAGGCAAAACAGGCUGAAGAGGCAAAACAAAAGGCAGAAGCGGAGGCGGUAAAAGUAGAAGAAGAAAAGGCAAAGAAGAAAGCGGAAGAAGAGGCAGCUCGAAAAAAGGCUGAAGAUGAUAAGGUAACAACGGUGACGACUGAGGAUGGGUCAACAACCACGACUACGACCACGAUCGUGCAAAAAAUCAUUACUGUCACCAAAAAAUUAGUCAACGGGGAAGAAGUUUCGGAAACCAAAGAGGAUAUAGUGUCCGACAAAGAUGCACUAACCAACACCGAAGGACUGAACGGUGUCGUUGCACCAGGAGUGGAAGCUGUCAUCACUGUGCCCAGUGUUCCUCCUGUGACGGUCACCGUCGAUUCAGCAACGCAGCCAGACCCUAAACGAGAUCAAGUUGACGUAUCGGAGGAGAAUUCUAUUUUCUUAGGAUUCCGCGUGUAUACGAAUAAAGAGGCCCCUGUAGUAAUUGAAGGCCAGCUUAGGCAUGAGAUGGAGGUGUCGGCGGCAUUAGCAUUAGCAUCGUGAUUAGGUUGCGUUAGCUUUCAGAAAUCCUAUAAUCCUGUAAUCAUUUAUGCAAUGUACAACAUCAAGGAAUUAAUAGUACAGAGAAUGAAUAAAAUGAUAA